CAUUUAUUUAAGUAUUUCUUUAUUUAAAAAAUAAAUUAGUGAAAAAAAUAUAUAUAAAGGUUUGCCCUUUGCCCAAACGUUUCCCAAAUCUCAAGCCCUAAAAAACUCUCCUUUUUGUGCGUCUAUGGCAGCCUCAUCGUCCUCAGGUACCUCGUACUCUUCCUCGGAUUCCUUGUCCGACUCGUCUUCCCCGCACGCCAAACGACGUCGUCACCGCAGCAACCGACGCGACAGAGACAGAGAUUCUCUCAAGAUCCGAAAGAAGAGUCGUUCGCUUGGUAAACGACGUCGGAGGAAGCAUCGCCGCGAUUCCUCCGAUUCUUAUUCUUCUUCCGACUCCGAUUCAUCCAGAAGUAAACGUUCGUCAGAUAGUGAGCCUGAGUCUAAUCAUUCAAAGAGGCACAAGAAAAGUGACCGGCCAAAGAAGUUGAAGGAAAAAGAACGAAGCAAGAGUCAUAGAAAUAAACGUUACAAGCACAAAGUUAAAGAGAAGGAGCAGGAUAAGGGAAGUAGCAGCCCUGUGCAACUUUCUAAGUUUCUUGGGCGUGACAAGGAUGAUGGUGUACGCCGUAGUGCUGUAUCUGGAAAAAAGAUUCAAUUGAAACUUGACAAGUCAAAGGAGGAUAAAGAGGCUGAGAGCAAAAGAAAUGAAUUACUCAAGUUCUUAAAUGCUAGUUUUGAUUGACUUGGUGGAGCUGAAGUUCAAAUUGUAUCAUGAAGGUAAGAUAGAUGGAGUGCGUUAGAUCUUCUCAGCAUAAAAGUUCAAGUAUCUUUCUGAAGAUCAGGUUAUCAUUGCUUUAGUCAUAUUUAUAGAUCAUGUUUUCAUCAGUUCUGAUGGAAUGUAGAAUAUUGGUAACUUCUGCCUUGAGAUCUUGUGAGAAUAAUGUUGAAUUGCUCAAAUCUCAGUGUUGUAUUUUAUGGAUUUGGUGCUUUCCUUAGUUUGUUGAGUUUAUGUGAUCAAUUCUACAAAUUGAUGAGUAUUUGAGAAAGCUUGUCACCACAUCUGUUUAAUUGGCCAACGUGAUGGCUGAUUAUGGGCUAUGAUGUUUUUGGCAUGUAAUGUGAUAUCCUGAGGAGUGAGGUCUUUUCUUCAACUCAAGAAGUUCCAAAUGAAUAGUUGUCGUGGUCCUUUUGACAGAUCAGAACCAGUUCACUACAUUCUCAAGUUAGGGUUUUUCAAUCUGCUGAAAAUCUGUGUAGCCGCCACCCAUAGUUCUUACAACAUUUGAAAACGACAUUUAUCUGACCAAGAUUUCGAAUU